AUGGGACUUCGAGUAUCCUUGAAGAGCCUUUUGUCGAAAAACGACAACAAUCAGCCUCAGCAGCCCACCACAUGCUGCAACCACGAUGUGCAACUCUUGUUGCCCUACAGCAAUUUCACUCCUUCAAACCCCGAAGCGAGCCACCAGACGAGUGCCAGCUCCAAUCUUCAUAGGGCCGAGACCUCCAACGUUCAGGCCGGCUAUAGCCUAGAGAAGGCUCUGACGAGAAAGCCGGUUUCUCCACCGGCUUCUACUCUGGGGAUCACUAAUUCUUUGGAUACGGGCGAAGCGCAUUCCUCAAAAGACGGCAUAGCCUGUUCUGAAAAGCAAUACAGCCUUGCGGAGAUGGCUGCUCGCGUAGCCUACACAGCUCAAGGUAACAGCCGCCGGGCAAACAAUCGCGAUGCCUCACCUCCUUCACCUGACCCUACAAUCAAGAUUGGGACUGCAAUUGCCAUCAAACGCGGUCCGCUUACAAACCACUCAAAAGAGCCUCGAUCAAGCAACAUGGUUCAUUCGCCGCCAAGUCUUGCCACAGACAAAUUUCUCCCGAUCCCGCCAAGCUAUUUGACUUGCGAGGGCAGCGGCUGUGGUGAUGCCGCCGGGUCGAACACAUACAUCCCGGCACUCCCCAUGUCGGGCAACGACAGCUUCCACUCGCGCGUUACCACAUGGGCCUCCAACAUCAGCGCCAGCAAACAGUCGUCUGGCAAACAACUUGGCAUCAUUUCGGAGGAGACAUCUGGCAAUGCUUUCACUUACCUCGUACCCACGCCUACGAAGCCAAAACGAAAGUCGAAGAAGGCCACCGUCGCUAGCAGUCAUCUAUCGAGGGGAACUAUGCGGGCGUCAACGUCAGGGUGA